GAGCCCGCGCACUCGAAGCCGCAGCCGGGGUUAGCUUCACGCAGAUAGCCACGUUAUUUUAUCUGAAGUCAUAAAAAACGAAUCAUAAAAACGCAAUUGGAGGAAAUAAAAUUUGCUGUGGAGCAAGCGGAGAGUUCAGCGAGACCUCGGCGUUUAUCGGACGAGAUGACGGGCUCAAACGAGUAUAAGUUGACCCAGGCUCCAGAGGAUGGAGUGUCUGCGGUGAAGUUCAGUCCGAGCGCGGCUCAGUUCCUCCUGGUCUCAUCGUGGGACUGUUCUGUUCGUCUCUACGAUGUCACAGGAAACACCGUGAGGAUGAAGUACCAGCACUCUGCCCCCGUCCUCGACUGUGCUUUUUAUGAUCCCACACACUCCUGGAGCGGAGGUUUAGACGCACAGUUAAAGAUGCACGACCUGAACACAGACCAAGACACGAUUGUCGGGAGCCACGACGCCGCGAUCCGCUGUGUGGAGUACUGUCCGGAGGUGAACGUCAUGGUAACCGGGAGCUGGGACAGAUCCGUGCGACUGUGGGACCCUCGGACUCCCUGUAACGCCGGGACGUUCACGCAACCGGAGAAGGUGUACACUCUGUCCGUUGCCGGGGACAGGCUGAUUGUCGGAACGGCUGGGAGGAGGGUCCUGGUCUGGGACCUGAGGAACAUGGGAUACGUCCAGCAGAGAAGAGAGUCCAGCCUCAAGUACCAGACCCGCUGCAUCAGGGCCUUCCCCAACAAACAGGGCUACGUGCUGAGCUCCAUCGAGGGCCGGGUGGCGGUCGAGUACCUGGACCCGAGUCUGGAGGUGCAGAAGAAGAAAUACGCCUUUAAAUGUCACCGGCUGAAAGAGGAGGGCAUCGAAAACGUGUAUCCAGUGAACGCCAUCUCCUUCCACAACACACACAACACCUUCGCCACAGGUGGUUCUGACGGCUUCGUGAACAUCUGGGACCCGUUCAAUAAGAAGCGCCUGUGCCAGUUCCACCGUUACCCCACGAGCAUCGCGUCUCUGGCCUUUAACACGGACGGCACGCUCCUCGCCAUCGCCGCCUCCUACAUGUACGAGAAGGGAGACAUGAGCCACCCCGAGGACGCCAUCUUCAUCAGACAAGUGACCGACGCAGAGACCAAGCCCAAGUGAGUCCGCAAACAGAUCGACCUAAACUCAGUCCUGUCGUGUUGUGUCUGCUGGUAUCCAGUGCUCCACAGCGCCCCCUGUCUCCUCUGUACUUCUGAACAUGUUUUUUCUGUUUGGUUCAUAUGUAAUUGUUUGUACUGUUUUUAACUAAACUACUUUAAAUACACUUCAUUUUGGAAAAUA